UUGAAUGACGCCAAAGAACGAAUGUACGCUUGUAUUUGAAUGCGUGCUUCAUGCAAACUUUUCGGUGUUGACGUUCUGCCCCGGCUAUCAAUGAGUAAGCGGUGUUAAUUACCGCCACAGAACGCCAAAUUUUCGUUUGUCAGUUGCGUUGGCAGAGAGAGAUUGACAGCGUUCAAGGGCGACAAAUCUCGUUAUCAGGUCUGACCCCGUAGUGCCACCGCAGCACCAGCUUGGAACGUCCUUUUUUUUCGAAAGUUUUCAGUAGUACGCGUAGUGGAGACAACCUGGUAUUCCGAAUGACACGCUAGUGCAUUUUGGGUUUGUUGAGUAGUGCUAGCUAAUCAAUGCAAAGCUAUACGUAAUUGGGGACGAGCCCAUGAUGCUGAGGUGCUAGUGGAUUUCAACAAAACAUAAAACUAAAAAAGCCCUCCUGUAUACUGUGACGCGUACCGUUCUAGUCCUAUUAUAUAAUUAAAAAAUCUACCAAAAAUGGCCCUGCUAGAUGACCGAGGAAUCCUGUACGUUAUAGCGGAUUUGCUGUCCCUGAUAACCAUAGCAUCCUGUCUGGUAUCGAAAGUACCGCAGAUCCAAACAGUGCAACAGUUGAAGUCCGCUACCGGAUUAUCCUUGAAUGGAUUAUUGAUGGAGCUAUGCAGCUACAGCGUGACAAUGUUGUACAAUUUUACCAACCGGUAUGCUUUCCUUUCCUACAUGGAGUAUCCUAUUCUCCUGAUACAGGAGUACGUGCUAGUGUAUGUGGUUCUGAAGUAUAGUAAUAUGCUCAACAAACCUGCGUUCAUCUGGAGUGGCAUUUAUGUUGCAAUUUUUACUGGGUUUGCUACUGGAAUCAUCCCGAGCAGUGUUUUGAUGAUGCUUGUGCCUCUGACGACUCCGGUAGGUGCCACCAGUAAAGUUAUGCAGUUAGUCGCUAUACUCAAAUCUAAGGACGCACAAUCUGUUAGUCUCAUCACCUGGGCUAUUUCCGCCUUCACCAAUUCAACUCGCAUUUACACGAUCCUGCUGGAUUCGGGAGACAAAAUGUUGCUGGCCAACUUUGGAAUCUCGACAGUUCUUAGUUCUUCCGUAUUUUUGGCUGCUUGGUACUACAAGAAACCCAAGCAGGAAUAAUGGCAUUAAUCACCAUGCAUCGACAAGUAACAUGCUACACAACAGCACAUUUUCAGAUUUUUACGAUUACGAGCAUAUGAAACGAUACCAUAACGAUAUUUUCUACUUCAAGUUUUUAAAAAUUCAACUUUUUCAUCGAUUAUUAUAACUGUCAUAAAAAUGCUUUCUAAUGCAGAUUACGUACUCUGUCUAGUACGAUCAAAAUGCUUAAACUCAACUGUUACUAAAGAAAUGUAUUGAAACUGCUGUUUAAUCGUUAUUCUAGUCCCGUCCAGUAUCAGAACCGGAAAAGUCACAAGUUUAGAUAAGAUUAGAAUUUGCACUGAUCGAUUUUAGGGAACAAAAAAUCUUAAAAUAUGCUUAGCAGGGAUUUUGGUAAACAAAAUUCCAAAUCUGUAAUAAUAGUCUUAGUAUGUUUUGUGCACAAACUAUGUUUCAAUCUUGCAUCCUUAACCUACAAAGAAGGUUAAACAAUUGUUAAAAGACGUUUAAUAAAGACUAUUGUUCAUUUAAAUUCACAAUCAAA